AUUUAACAACUGAAAAUCCCUGGAUACUCUUGGCGAUUAGUUGUGAAUGUGAUCAUGUGACUUGGACAAGAUGGCGACCUACGAAUGGACCCCCAGAAUAAAGCAUGCUGCAAUUGAAAAGGAAGCCAAAACAUUGCCCAAAGAAGAGGUAACAAGCCACCCACUCAAGGGUAUUGUAGUAACAGAGGUGAAGAAGACUGGCAAGUCACAAGUCCAAGAUGGACGUCCUAGAACAAGUAGUCACCCUUUGGACCCACUCACUUCUGCCAUGGAUGGAGCAGAUCCUCUCUCCAUGUUUGCUUCUCAGGCAGACCCUCUGUCUAGGAUGUCAACUCAGACAACUACCAAAGAAAAGUCUAUGCCUAAAGAUGAAAAUAAUGGAUUAGAUGAAACAUUUGAACCUUGGUCAGUGAAAAAGCUGAGUAUUCUGACCAAACACACUACCUCAGAGAAGUUGACCAUUACAACAAGUUUCCUGUCAGCCCAUGAGAAAGACAGAGUUGUCAUCAAGGCACAGAGCACAGUGACAGAUAAGGUGAAAAAUAGACUUGAGCAACUGGAUGACUUUGAAGAGGGCUCAGUGCAGGAAAUGCUUGACUUGAGCCAGCAGGAGUAUGUAAACAGAAUAGAUGAAUUAAACCAAGCAUUGAUAGAUGCAUGGGACCAGGACCAGAGAGUAAAGGCACUCAAGAUUGCUAUACAGUGCUCCAAGUUGCUGUCAGACACCAAUGUGAUCCAGUUUUAUCCCAGCAAGUUUGUUCUGAUCACAGACAUCCUAGAUACAUUUGGCAAGCUGGUAUUUGAACGUAUUCGCAGCAAGAGUAAUUACAUUCCAGUUGGCAGCUCAAUGCCUAUACAACUACCAGAGAAUUUUACACCAGAACAAGUUCCUGACUCUGCCAAAGAAACUUGUAGAAAUUGGUUUUUCAAGAUUGCAUCUAUUAGGGAACUCAUCCCAAGGUUUUAUGUAGAAACUGCCAUCUUGAAAUGUUACAGCUUUCUAGACACCAGUGAGUAUUCGGCUGCCCUGUGUCGUCUGGCAGACAUGACCCGUGGCAUGGGAGACCCACUAGUGGGAAUCUACGCAAGGUGUUAUCUUAGCAGGGUUGGCAUAGCUGUUGCACCCAACAUCCGUGAUCAUCUGAUGCCCUGCUUCAAUGAUUUCCUGGCAUGUUACUCACAGCUCCAAAGUGACCAUGUCCAGAACACCUUGGCUAUGCAGAAGGUAGAGAUGCCACGGUACCUGACCCUGUAUUGUCCUGCCUUGGACUGGAUCCUGCAGUGCAUUGCUCACAGGGCCUCAGAGAACACACUGCAGACUAUACUGGAAAAGUGCAAGAAACUGUUUAACAGUGCUUUGCUGUUGAAUUCCAUCAUGUCUGCCUUCAAACCUGAGUACAUAGCCUUCAGAGCCGUGCAGUUUACAGAGCAGAUCAGAGAGUGUGAGGAGACUGGAUUCCCUAAGCACAUGUUAUACUGUAGCCUGGGUGGAUGUUUAGUGCUAGCAAGCCCCCCUGAAGACCAAAGGCUUGCUGUGUUGAAUGAAGUGUGGAAAGUUGUUAUGAAACUUAAAAAUCCGUUGGAUUACAUCACCUGUGCAGAAGUGUGGAUAGAAUAUGUUGCCAAACAUUUCUCAAAAAGGGAAGUCAACACCAUCCUGAAUGAUGUCAUCAAGCACAUGACCCCUGACCGAGCAUUUGAGGAUUACUACCCCCAGCUGCAGUCCAUAGUUACCAAAGUCCUCAGCCACAUACAUGACUUCACAUUACUCUUCUCACUGGACAAAUUUCUUCCAUUUAUCGACUUAUUUCAAAAAGAGAUAGUGAAGGUGGAAGUCUGUAAAAGCAUCAUGGAGGCUUUUGUAAAAUACCAGGCAGAGGCAACAAGUGAUCCUGUCAUUAUCAAUGCCCUGAUGUUCAUCUGCAAAACUAUGCAUGAUUCUGUCAAUGCCCUGACCCUGGAUGAUGAAGUAAGAGCCAUAGGUGGGUUGAUAUGUGGGUUUGUAAGGAAGAUAUCCUUUGGUCGUGAUUUUGAGCAACAGUUGAGUUUCUAUGUGGAGGCCAGGGCUAACUUCAGCAAUCUGGAUGCAGUGUUGGUUGAACUGGUAGAGUGUGUAAAUACAUUAGCAGUGGAAACCAGAGAUGUGGUUAAAGGAAAACAUUCAAGGAAGACUGCAAGCUUUGUUAGAGCAUGUGCUGCCUACUGUUUCAUCACCAUUCCGUCGUUACAAAGUGUCCUGGCCAGACUGAAACUCUACCUGGUGUCAGGACAGGUGGCCUUGCUGAACCAGUGUCUUAGUCAGGGGGAUGCAUUUCUUAAGGCUGCUAUCUCCUUGAUAGCUGAGGUACCUAAGACAUUGGAUGUAGAUGGGAAAGUCAGAUCCACAGAGCCUCUGAUGACAUCAUAUAUCUGUAGCCUGCUGUCCACUUUACUAGCAGUUCCAGACAACCCAGACCAAGGUGUCCUGUAUCUGUUGCGAGGCUUACUGAAUGUACUGUCAGACUUCCCUUGGGACGUGAACAGUAGUGCUAAGGCUGUGGUCUAUGUCAAUGUCCUCAGUCUGCUGUGUGCUGUCAGCCAGGAAGAUUAUGUCUACCACAUAGACAGAGUUGAUGCCAAUGACUCCAUGUAUGGCAGUGAUCCCAAGUUUCUGGGUGAAGUGACCAAGAUAUCUGCAACAGUUCUGGAGGAAGUCUUCAGUCAUCUUAAGGUGCUUGGGGAAGGACAGAAUUUCAAAAAGCAGGCAGAAGCAGCCAUUGAGGUAUUUAAUGUGAUGGUUGCCCAUGGUGAUCUCAGUAAACAUCAGAUGUUCACUCUGGCUCUUAACCUCUGGGGUCUGGCACAGAAACAUGGACAGGGAGACACCAAGCAAAUGGUAAGAACAUUGGACUAUGUAAAGAGAAAAGCUAUUUCAAAGGACAAAGAAGGAAAAGUGUUUGCAGAUCUGGCGAGUAAAAUGCAUUUGCAGAGUAGGACAUGAUUUUACCAUAAUUUGAAGUUUAUUUUCCUUGAGAUGGAGAAUUUAAUGCUUGUGUGCUUCUUCAAGAGAGGAUAUAGACAAAUAAAAUUUUUGUGUAUUAGAACUGGAAUAGAGAUGGGGUUUCCUACAAAAAUGUUCUAGUUACUGUCCUUAAAAAUUCUUGGAAAUGCAUGGCCCUCUUCAAUCAAUGCAGAUUUUUGAAAUAAUAUUGUCAAGUGCCAAACUAUGUUAAAUUGUUCUUACAAAUUAUGUUGAAACUGGCAAUUGGAUUAUUUGGCCUACAUUUUAAUUGCAUGUAAAAGCAUAUAUGCAAAAUUAUUGUCAUGAUUUGGCCAAAAGGUUUUUCUAUGUGUCAAUUUUCCAAAGAGUUCUUUUUCAGUUCCUGAAUCUUUCCAUUAUGGAAAAACCUCUGAGUCAAUUAAAAUCAAAGAAAAGCAGCAUCUGUGAAAUGUUAGGUAGAGCUUUGUAACAGUUUGAUACAAAACCUUUUGUGUGCAAUUUUUUUUCUAUGGAAUAACAAAAGCAUCUUUAAUUUAAUGUAACAAAACAUCUUCCCAGGACUCUGCUGUUAAAAAAAAAAAAAAAAAAAAGAAAAAGAAAAUAAAGUCUAUGAUGACUAAGAUGAGCUUCACAGUCUGGUGCCUCAGACUGUGGCAACACACUGAUCAAAUAGUGUUUCAAGAUAAAAAUCUUUAUGUUAUAGAAGGCUGGUGGAUUUUAUAUAGUUUAUGUGAUUGUAGAAGAUAUGCAUGAGUAUUAAAAUGUACUUGCUCACUCUGCUGGAUAUUUGUUGGACAGAUAAUAGAGAAAGUAACAGACAGUGGGUUUCUAUACAAACACCUAUAUAUCUCUUUCUUUAAUCAGUCCAUGCCUCAAAAUGAUGAAAUUUAAGAUGGAUGAAAGUGCAUGUUCAAUUACAGCCAAUGAGUUACUGAUGAAAUUGUUAAUACCUGAAAUGUUAUUUAAAUAUACUUGUUUAGAAUAUGACAUUAAAUGGUGCUUUUAGUAUCACAUUGGUUUGCAUUUUUAUCUUGGCAAGGAGACUAUAUAAAGACCCUAAAAUAUUGAGAUUAUCUCAGUGUAUAAUCUGAUUAAUAAUGUUCAAGUAUGCAAAAAUUUCCUGCAGAGCAGAAAACUGAAACAAUAAAUUAUACUUACAUGUAUAUAUAACCAUUGUUCUUAUUAUUUUAU